UAGCUAGACAGCUACUACGGAUAGAAGACCUACACAGCUAGCUUACUCACCGGAAUUUAUUAGUCUCUGUCCUCUAAUUACAGCUUCAUUUUAGGAUCCGAACCUCUCAGAUCUGCAAACAAUUGAUCAGAAAGAAUCGAGAAAUCCCUCAAAUAUCCAAAAUGCUGGGCGGGGAUAGCCAUAACCAUCGACCCGAGCAGUCCCUCCAUAUGAAGGAGAAUGACAAGUUCUUCUCUAGGCUCUUGUCCAAAGAAACAUCCGUGGCCAACUCUUCUUGCAGGGUUCCUUACUAUGGAAGAGAAUCAGGCGCAGUUCCGUUCAUGUGGGAGUCACGGCCAGGCACCCCGAAGCACACCUUCUCGGAGGCCUCUCUCCCUCCCCUCACACCCCCUCCUUCCUAUUAUUCCACUUCCAAGCUGUACUCCACGAAGAAGAACUCAAAGCCAAACCCAUUCUACACCAUUUUCCUCAAGCUAACUUCGAGGAAGGCCCUCGUGUCUCCAUCGUCAUCGCUCUCAUCAGUCUCGUCGUCAUCAUGGUCGUCGGCAUAUAAUUUAUCACCACCAGCUUCGAUGAAACGAGAAUAUAAUCUGGGGCGCUACUCUUCCUCGCAUUCAAGAUCAACUACUUCAAGUACAUCGAGCUUUGGUGCGAGGCGUAAAACUACAAAUUGGUUCGGAUGCUGCUACCCAAUGAAGAAUGCGUUCUUGUCCAUUGUAGGCCAUGGAUCAUCAGGCCAAGUCAAGACUGUGUUAUAUAUGCAUGCCCGAGGAAGAAGACGGAGGAGAAAAUCUGAGGUAGGAGGGAUAUUGGAGCAUAGAUGCAGGCCGGAUUGAGGUAAUCGCUCACAUUCUGGUUGCCCGUCCGGGUCUUGAUGGUGUAAGUCUCCCAUCUGAGAGGCUACUUUUAAUUUGGUUGUAUCUCCAACAAAAGCAUCCAAUAAUAAGCAACCACAUGGAUAUCGAUCUAUUAUUUAAUAUUUUUGCA